AACAAAUGAAGUAUUAGUUUGGUGAUCGGACGGCCAUUUCACGACGUACAUUCUCAAUCACAAUAUUUAAAUAUGUUAUCAAAAGUUGUAUUUCUUGUAGUUUGCGCGUUGGUUAAUUGUUUUCCUAGAUUAAAUAGUUUACCUUUUAGUUUCUACACGCGUUCAGACUGGCAUGCUCAACUGGCUACAGAUUUAACUCCGCUGUCAACUCCAGUACCCUACGUGAUUAUCCAUCACACGUAUAAGCCUGACGCAUGUGCAAGCCACCAAGAAUGUAUCACAGCUAUGCAGUCAAUGCAAAGAUACCACAUGGAGAGCUUAGAUUGGGGUGAUAUUGGAUAUAACUUCUGUAUAGGCAAUAGUGGAGAUAUUUAUGAAGGAAGAGGAUGGGAAAGAAAGGGUAUACACGCAGGCAAAGCGAAUGGUGUCAGUAUAGGUAUCUGUCUAAUUGGUGAUUGGAGAGUUGAUCAGCCACCACAGGAUAUGUUGGAGGCUACAAAGGCUUUAAUUCAGAUGGGAGUAGACAAGGGAAUGAUUAGUCCUGACUAUAAGUUAGUUGGCCACAACCAAGUGAUGGCAACACAAUGUCCCGGCGCUGCUCUCUUCGAUAUUAUUUCAAAAUGGGAUCAUUUCUCAAACAAAUUCAGUUUAUACGCCCUGCACUGGCAUCCCUGUCUCCACUGGGCUGGACUCUCCAAACUCCUUGACGAUGUCGUCAGUCCACCUAGUCGGUGGGCGGCCGCGCGGUCUUUUGUUCUGCCGAGGUCUCUCUUCAAGGAGCCUGCGGGUCCAUCGGUUCUUGUCCAUGCGCGCUAUGUGGCCGGCCCACCGAAACUUAGAUGUUGCGACAGCCUACGUCGCUUACACUGGUCUUUUUACGAAUGGCGUCAUUUCGUAUGCGAUUGCGAAGUGCGAUGCCAAGCAUUGCACGCUCCAUCGCCCGCUGCGAUUUUUCAGUCGGCGUACAGAUUUCUGCGACCGUUACUUCUGGGAGCGCAAUCAGAAUCAGUGAUGCUGUGUAUAUUUUAUUUGGAACUACUGAUGUGUACCAUUACUUUUGCUAAAAGUGUUCCGGCUGAAUUCAAAGAGGAACCAUUGGAAAAUGAGGUGAACACAUACGACUUUCCUUUGGUGAGGCGUGGAAAAUGGCACGCAAGGAAACCAACACACACCCUGCCUCUAAAUGUACCUGUUCCAUAUGUUGUAAUCCACCAUUCCUAUUCACCAUCCGCCUGCAAAGACAGUAACAGCUGUGCGCAAGCAAUGCGGUCUAUGCAGAAUUACCACAUGGAUGAGCAUGGAUGGUGGGAUAUUGGAUAUAAUUUUGGUAUUGGCGGUGAUGGAGCUGCGUACGAAGGUCGAGGUUGGACUGUCCUUGGUGCUCAUUCACUGCGCUUCAAUAAUUACAGUCUUGGAAUAUGCCUUAUUGGGGACUGGAGAUAUAAAGUACCGCCAGCGCUGCAAAUAAAAACGGCUAAAGAGUUGAUAUCCGCUGGUGUAGACCUCGGAUUUAUAAAAACAGAUUAUAAACUCAUAGGUCAUAGACAAGUGAGGGAUACAGAAUGUCCUGGCGAUGCGCUUUAUGAAGAAAUAAAACAGUGGAAGAAUUACUCUCCAUUUCCAGCCACAGUUACGGAUUUGGUGGAUGUUGUAGAGAUACCAGAGUCUAUUAGAGGACAGUGGAAGGAGAAUGGAACUUUGAAAAGUUGAAAUUAUUGAAUUUUUAGAAUAAGUCAAAAUAGUUUUAAGUGUAAUAGAAGUUUAAUAAAAAAGUUCCUUAACAUUA